GGUUGCGUUGUACGAUUGCCAAAGCUGUUGAGCCUCAGAAGCUAGGGUUCAUCACCGCGCUCCAACCUUGUUCUUUCUGUGUUCCACCCACAGCUUUUACCAAUUGGAAUGGGAUCGUGACUUCAUAUACGUUCUGGGAGGUGACAUUUUGAAAUUGUAAUUGUGGGAGCUAUAUUAUAUUUUUUACCCAUCAUGGAGAUACAGACUUCUGGCAGGCCAAUUGAUUCCUUGCUAGAGAAAGUCCUUUGCAUGAAUAUUUUGUCAUCUGAUUACUUCAAGGAGCUCUAUCGAUUAAAAACAUACCAUGAAGUUAUUGAUGAGAUCUACAAUCAAGUUGAUCACGUUGAACCGUGGAUGACAGGGAAUUGUCGUGGUCCUUCAACUGCUUUCUGUCUUCUUUACAAGUUCUUUACAAUGAAGCUCACUGUCAAACAAAUGCACGGGCUUCUAAAACACCCUGAUUCUCCUUACAUAAGAGCGGUUGGAUUUCUCUAUCUGAGAUAUGUUGCUGAUCCGAAGACUCUGUGGAAUUGGUUUGAACCAUAUGUUAAAGAUGAUGAGGAAUUUUCUCCUGGAUCUAAUGGUCGAACGACUACAAUGGGUGUAUAUGUGCGUGAUUUGAUCCUUGGACAGUAUUACUUCGACACACUCUUUCCUCGCGUCCCUGUUCCUGUAUUGCGGCAGGUUGUGUCUAAUCUUGGAAAGUUGAAUCUUCCCACUACACAUUCUGGUUCAACUGGGGAAUCCACCCGUCAUGGAUCUGAUGACACUGCUCGUAGACCUCCUUCUGUGAAAGCUGCCCUUUCAGUCUCUUUUGGUCAGAGGGCUCCACAUCGUGCCUCCACAAGGGACUCUUCACCUAUUCGCCGUACUUUACCUCCUCCUCCUCCUCAUGAAAGAGAUGGUGGUGAUGACACAAGAAGAUCUCCAAAUAGUCGACGCAGCCAGAGUCGAGAAUAUCCUGAUAGGGAUAGGGAUAGGGAUCGAGCCCGGUCACGGUCCAGGGACAGGGAUCGGGACCGUGAAAGGGACAGGGAUCGGGACCAUGAAAAGGACAGAUAUCAUGAUCGAGAUAGGAGCAGAGAUUGGGACAGAGAACGAGACCGUGAAAGGUACAGGGAUCGAGAUCGAGAUCGAGAUAGAGAUCAAGAGAAGGACAGAAUCAGGAGGGAUAAGGAUCGGGAAAGAGAGAGGGAGCGGAGUUAUGAUCAUGAUAGGAGGUCUAGAUACCCCCAGAGAGAAAGCAGCCGUGAUUAUGACAACAGCAGUGGCAAUGGUAAUAGGCACUAUCGUAGCAGGAGUCGGAGUAGAAGUAGGAGCAGGAGCAGAAGUCAGAGUCUGCAAGCUGGCACUACUCGGUUGGAAAAACAUUCUAGUCCACAGAGAGAUGGAAGUAAGAAGAAUUCUGCUUCUAGUAAUCUUGCUAAACUUAAAGAUAUGUAUGGUGAUUUGGGUGAUAACAAAGGAGAUGCCAGCACGGAAAGAAUUCCUAGAAGGGAUAAUGGAGGCGAAGAGGUUAUCAGACUUGGUGGUUCUACGUGGAAGUAUUGAGAGAUAUCAUGGAAUGCUUGUAUCAGAUGUUGGAUAACUGUUUCACGGAAAAAAGCAUCUUGGAACUUGCCCUUUUAUUGCUGGUCUCUUGGUAGACAUAAGUUAUAGGUUGAUGAAUGCUAUCUAUAUCAGCAUUUAUUGAUAUUGUAUACUAAAAUUUAUUCCCGGUGCAUUGAAUUUCAUGCUGUGUAAUUGCAAGUUUUAGACUAAAGAUCAUUCUAUGUAGUCCUAAACUACCAUGCUUCCAUUGAUUAGUUGAAACUAAAUAUUUUACUGCGUUUCCGUGUAGCUUCAUAAU